GAAAGGCAGGCAAUGGAAAGAAUUUUAAUGUCGGAUCUGGGAUCUAGAAUGGGCCACGAGGAUAAUCUCAGAUUGCCGAGGGAUCUGAAACCCGAGAAUCAGUGACAGACACACAAAACCGCAGACCUCGAGAUUCCUUAUAUUACAUGGCAGGAGUGGUGGUUCAACUUAGGGAUAGUGAAGACAACAACAACAAAUUAAUCAAGAGCUUUCCUCAUAUCUCAGAACCUAUCCUCAAUAAGAAUGUCGGAUAGAGUUGACUGGUUACAGAGCCAAAACGGAGUAUGCAAAGUUGAUGUCUAUUCACCUGGAGAAAACCAACCGCAGGACUGGAAAACAGAGGCGCCAGUGGAUCCUGUCAGAGUGCUGAGCUGGCUCCGCAGAGACCUGGAGAAAAGCACAGCAGGAUUCCAAGAUGUUCGGUUCAAGCCUGGAGAAUCAUCACUGGGUGGGGAAACGACCAACUUAGGAGACUCACACAAAGGAUUCAGUGUAGACUAUUACAAUACCACCAACAAGGGAAGUCCAGGGAGAUUGCAUUUUGAGAUGACUCACCGAGAGAGCCCUCCCCAAGGCCCCAGGGUCCAAAUUGGUGCCGGGAGUUCGGUAGAUGAAGUUUCCUUCUAUGCUAACCGUCUCACAAAUCUAGUCAUAGCCAUGGCCCGCAAGGAGAUCAACGAGAAGAUUGACGGCUCCGAAAACAAAUGUGUCCAUCAGUCAUUGUACAUGGGGGAUGACCCCCCUCCCCCACCCAACAAAAGCCUGAGUAAGGUAGCAUCAGAGCUGGUAAAUGAGACCGUCACUGCGUGUUCCCAGAAUGCUGCACCAGACAAGGUUCCUGGCUCUGGAGACAGAGCCUCAGGAUCAAAUUUGAAAUACAAGUCCACCUUGAAGAUGAAGGCAAGCAAGAGUCCAGAUGACAAGCCAGGUUCUAAGAAAUCUUUCUUCUUUAAGGAAGAGUUUGAAUCUCGUAAUGCAGGUGAUGCCAGAGAAGGUAAAAAGUUCUUACCUGGGGAGAGAAAGAUGUUCCAAGGGCAGGAAAGAACUGAUGACUUUACAACUUCCGUGAGUGAAGGGAUCAUGACGUAUGCUAAUAGUGUGGUGUCUGAUAUGAUGGUCUCCAUCAUGAAGACCCUGAGGAUCCAAGUGAAAGACACAACCAUCGCCACCAUCCUGUUAAAGAAGGUCUUGCUGAAGCAUGCAAAAGAGGUGGUCUCAGAUCUCAUUGACUCCUUCAUGAAGAACCUCCACAAUGUCACGGGGACCCUCAUGACUGACACAGACUUUGUGUCGGCUGUGAAAAGAAGCGUCUUCUCUCAUGGAAGCCAAAAGGCCACAGACAUCAUGGAUGCCAUGUUGGGUAAACUAUACAAUGUGAUAUUUGCCAAGAAAAUCCCUGAGACUAUCAGGAAAAGCAAGGACAAGUGUGAGAGUUAUUCUCUUGUCUCCAUGAAAGGACUGGGUGACCCUAAAAACCGAAAUGUGAACUUUACAAUGAAAUCUGAAGCUAAAAUGAGAGAAAAAAUGUAUUCUCCUAUGCCCAAACCAGAGAAGAAGACUUGUGUUGAAACUCUAGGUGAACACAUUAUCAAAGAGGGAUUAAUCAUGUGGCAUAAAAAUCAACAGAAAGAAUGUAAAUCUCCAGGUUUCCAGCAUCCCGCAGGGGAAAGUCCCAAUAAACCAUGUAAGCCUGCACCAGACUUUCCCUUUGAAUAUCCCCAAGAUCCUAGCGACUUCAGCCCCCCUCUCUGUCACCCAGAGAGACCUGAGAAUUUUAUGUAUGAUUCAGACUCCUGGGCCAAGGAUCUGAUUGUAUCUGCCCUACUUCUGAUUCAGUAUCACCUGGCCCAGGGAGGAAGAAUGGAUGCACAGAGCUUCCUUGAAGCUGCUGCCACCACCAACUUUCCCCCCAACAAGCCACCUGUAGUUCCCGACGAGUCCUGCCUUAAGUCUCCUCAGGUAGUAGGUGACAAAGAACAAGCAGAAAAGAAGGAUCUUAUGAGUGUUUUUUUCAAUUUCAUCCGGAACUUACUCGGUGAGACCAUUUUCAAGAAUGACCGUAGCUGUGAAGCCAAGAUGCCAGAACAGCCAGUUAAGGAAGAAGACAUCAGCCACUGUGAAAGACCAGCAACCCCUUGUCCCGUCAAACUAUAUGAAGGGGAAGAGUCUGGUGGGGCCUUAUCUGGGCUGACUAAGAUGGUUGUCAACCAGCUAGACGGCCAAAUGAAUGGGAAGAUGCUGGAUCACCUGAUGGACUCAGUGAUGAAGCUGUGUCUCAUCAUUGCCAAGUCCUGUGACACUCCCUUGGCAGAGCUGGGAGACGACAAGUGUGGAGAUGCCAGCAGGCCAUCGUCAGCCCUCCCAGACAGUUUAUACGAGUGCUUACCGGUCAAGGGCACAGGGACAGCAGAAGCUAUCUUGCAGAAUGCCUAUCAGGCUAUCCAUAAUGAAUUGAGAGGUAUAUCAGGACAGCCCCUGGAAGGGUGUGCAGCCCCCAAGGUGAUUGUCAGCAAUCACAAUCUAACAGAUACAGUUCAGAACAAGCAACUCCAAGCUGUCCUUCAGUGGGUAGCCGCCUCUGAGCUCAACGUCCCUAUUUUGUACUUUGCUGGUGAUGAUGAAGGGAUCCAGGAGAAGCUACUUCAGCUCUCAGCUGCUGCUGUGGACAAAGGACGCAGCGUGGGUGAGGUUCUGCAAUCCGUGCUGCGCUACGAGAAGGAGCGGCAGCUAGACGAGGCGGUGGGAAACGUCACACGACUGCAGCUGCUGGACUGGCUGAUGGUGAACCUGUGAUCGGCACCCGCCAACUGCAUUCCCCUCUUCCAGCAGUGGGCCCAGCCCUUACCCCCUCCCUUCUUUCUCACUUCCACAGCUCCCCCUAACAUUAUCUUCAUACCACUCACAUC